GCUGAAUGCACUAGUCAACUACCAAUGUCCUGGCCUAGAUCAUGUUAGAUCAGUACUUGUGGUUACAGUUGGUUUAUGUAAAUGAGCCUUUGGGGUUAUUUCUGUACAGGAGGUGCCAAUAAUUGGUAUAAAUUGUCAGUAAAAACCAGGCAUUUCUCUUCACAAUGGAGUUUAAAAAAGACAAAAUGGGUAAAGUUUAUUGUAACAAGAAAGAUGUUAACAUGUCACAAAAAGACGACUCACGGUUCAGAAAGGCGUAUGUUUCAACUGCAGAAAAAUAUUUAAAAGGUGGGGCCUUUAGUGUAAGUGGAAAAGUAAUUAAAUAAAAAGGAGCUGGGAUGUCCUUUGACUGUCCCAAAUUAAGGUGAGAAUAUUACCUCUGUAUUUUAUACUACAAGUAAAUCUGUUGCCAGUCGUGCAUUAUAUCAGAGUCUGCAACCUAAUUUAUGCAUCUGAGGUGCCUCCCCCCCACCCCCAUGUCAGGUAAUAUCUACAAAAAUAGUUUUGUGGGUAGAAAAAUUUUGUAAGUAUUCCAAGAAGUGUGUGUGCGUGCAUGUGUAUUUUAGCCCUGGAUUCAUAAUUGUUUGCUGCUAACUCAGUGGAAAAAUGAUGAAGGAAAGAAAAUACAGGUUUUUUUCCUUCCAGAGUAGUAGUUUUGGUCAAUGGUUACUUGCAAAGGAUCGCCGCAGGGUCAAGAGAAACAUAAGUGGCCAUGUCUGGCCAUGGUUUGUCUUCCACAAUAGUCCUGUGAUUUCUUUGGCCCUCCUUUUUAGGCCGCAGAAACUUUGUUCAGUUGUUUGCUUGGGCUUUUUUUUUUAACAAAACAACAACAAAAAAAAACCACAAAAAAACCCAACACCUCAAUAGCAACAGAAUGUUCUGCUGUUGCUGUUUGCCUCACAGCCCUGCUGAAAUAUUUUUACAUAUUUCAAAACCUGUUUCGGUUUGCAUAGACAAAAUCUUAAUAUGUUCAGCUAGUUUUUAAUUUAAAAUCGUGUCUCAAAGCUGUUGGUGAGCACAUGUUCAGAAGCAGCACACACAUUUAUGUAUUUCUUUUAUUAGUGUCUGAAUGUAGUUUGAUUAGAUACGGAUUGUUUUAAUACCACACAUUCUGGGGAAUGUUAUGUCAUGCUACUGAUUUAAUUCUAAUCUAUUUACAGAAAUAUUAAGUACCAGUGUUCCCUACAUCUGGAAUGUCUUGGAAUGCUGCAUGAUCACUGGAUGGUCCAAUUGCUUGAGAGAUCAGUAAGACCUUGUGGGCUGGGACAUAGAGGAAAUAGCCGUAACUAUUAGAAAGCAGUAAGUUAUUGCAAAGAAAAGGCGUAGGAGAUAAUUACAGAACAAAACAUGGUAGUAGCAUCCAAUUUUACUGUGUGAUUGAUGACAACCUAACUUUUUGUGAAUACCCGAUUUUACAGUUUACAUGGCUGCUUCUAAAUAUUGCUAGAAUCGUUGCACACCUUCAGGACAUGGUUCUUUUGUGAAUAACUGUAUGUCCUGUGCCUAACUGACAAGCAGUACCCAUCACAAAAAGCUGGCCUUCCUCAGAAGAAACACAUAAGAAAGGAAAAAGUCUUCUCAAAUUUCAGCAUGAGACACGACAAAUAAGCAUGCUAAUCAUUACUCUUCCUUGUUUGCUUCCCAGGAUGGCUUAAGGGAAAGGGGGGUCAGGGGUUGCAUGUUUUCAUAUUCCUCGGGAAGGCUUGUCAAAGAUGGCUUUUGCCGGGUGCAGUUUUUGUUUCUCGGUGGCCGUUUGGCUCAGCCAUUUAUUUGUGAUGCGUGCUCCACUCUGUGGCAUGACCUCCCUCCAUGUGCUGGUGAGCUGUGGUUCCAAAUCUAAUACUGUUAGUAGGACCACGAAUAUCUCUUAACUACAAUUAUGAAGCUUCUUCAGGGCACUGUAGCACGUAGAGCCUGUUGUGCCCUGACUGACAUUGCUUUGUUUUUCCCCUUUAAGAGCCAAUAUUUAAAGAAAGCAACAAAUUACAUACAGUUUUGAACUGUAUAGUAACAAUCUCUAUUUGUGUUACACCAGUGACAUGCAGAAUUAGGCAGAAGGGAAGGCUCUGUCCUCAAGCGUAGCCGCUUAGUCGCACUGGUGCUUGUAUGAAUAUAACCAGGGCACUCAGCUUCCCACUACCCCAAGAUGCAUCAAAUAACUGAAGUAUUGACUAAUGUAGCUGCCUCAGCUUAUGCACCCAUUCCACUGUCCCUUGUUUCUUGUUCGCUUUGUCUUCCUUUGUCAUGUUGCUGACCCUAACAGCUGAAAUGGUUUGCCUUUAACAAGGCAGUGGCUUUCUUCAUAACUUGUUUUGUAAAUAAUGAAAAUAAAUGAAGCUAUGGAAAAUGGACUAACUUGCCACUAACAAAAUAAAGAUACUGAAGUCCUGGAUAUAUUUGUCCAUUUUCCAAAAAGUCUCAAGCACAUUAUUUUAACAUUUACAUUAAAUUAUUAUUUCCCUUAGUUUUAGGUAGUAUGUGAAACUAGAAGACAAAACUGGAAUCUUAAGCUUUUUAGAAAGGUGAAAAUACUGGCAUUUCUUUUAUAUGAAUCAGAUUGCUCUCCUUGUAACAGCUCCGCGCCUUAACGGCAUCCUGGCACGUUCCGUGCUCUCCACAACUCUGUUACUGCCCAGACUGUGUUGCCUUUGCUAUGCAAGUACAUUAGUAGAGAAGCCAAAAACCUAUUUGGACGCCUUCAUUUUGCUUCAUGGUCCUUGCAAGUAUUUAGUGAAUAGGUACAGCUUUCUGCUGGGGAAAAAAGGAAGGGUGGCUCCAAAGCCAGCUCUGUAAUGUAGCUGCCGUCCUAGCUGGUAUUCUCAGAUCUUCAGCCACAAUUGCCUUUUUUAUUUUGUUUGGGGUUUGGUUGGUUGGUUGGUUGGGGUUUUUUGUUUUGUUUUUGUUUCUCCCCCAGUGUAACGAAUACCCAAAGUAGGUAAGUUUCACUGGUUUUUUUACCUCUACUGCUGCAAUAUACCUGUGGGCAUUUAAGUCUAGACCUAGCACAUAUUGAGGGCAGAUCUGCCAACUGUUAAAUCGUCUAAUGCUGGCAGAGGAAUUUCCAAUGGAUAGUUGAAAUCCAAGGCAUUAAAAAGAAUCCAAAGAAUUUCUGACUGCGGACUGCUUGCAAACCCACAUUACAGUGUCUCCUGAGACUGCAGACAGCCUAGAACAAUGCUUGUACAGAUCAGUGUUAAGAGUCUUGUUGCUGAUGAAAGCAGAGAAGCCAGACGUUCCUGUUAGUAACAUCUGCACGGCCGGCUUGAAGAAGCACCUAGUUCUGGCAUCACCAGAGGAUGAAGCAUGGAAGAAUGCCACUGCUUUUAGUUGUCUUGCCCUCUGUUCUUUCAACAGGCAUGGGUUCAGUAAAAGCACCCUGCUGUCAUCCAGUUGUUUUUUCAAUUUCUAUCAGAAAUAUGAGAGCUGAAAAUGGUUCUCUCUGUUACCUUCAGAAACAUACAGAAACAGUGUUAACACAUCUGGUUAGAUCCUAGACUAACAGUUUAAACCAUUUUGAGCCCAGAGAGUCAGAUCCUAAUGCGUCAGUGAAUUUUGUUAGUGAAUUGCUUUUUUUUCCCUGUCACUUUUUAGCCUCCAGUAGUGCCAUAAUUUAACAAACUCUGCUCAUUGUUGACCUCUAGCUCUGUUUACUAACCUGAAAGUGAUCACAGAAUUUGAGAGUAUUCAUUCUCAUAUUCCACCACUCCCUUGAGAAGGAAUAGGAGAGAGAGAUAAGGCAAUCCUGUCAAAUAUACACAGUGCUGGCAAGAGAAGAGCUAUCUGGAAGGUAUGCACACAUGCUGUUUAAAUUGAAAUUAAUAAAGUUUCACAGAGAAUGAAGCUUUCCUCAUCAGACUUUUGCUCUCUGCUGUUUAGUCUCUCUCAGUCGGAUAAAGAGUUGCAGGACAUCAGCCACGUUGAUCGGCACUGCUCCUAAUACACUUAACCAUUCGUGGUCAGGUCAGUGGCAUUAACAUCAGGCAGUUGUUGUACGUCAAAGAAAACUGUGAAGAAGCUGCUUGAAAUACUCUGGUAUCACUUCUAACGACAAUAAUAAUAUUAAGGAGCACCCUUUUGAAUAUGCCAUCUGCCAAGCAUCGUGCUUUUGUUGUUUGCCUCUUACCUGGAGAACAGAGAAGCUCUGUAAUUCUUUAAAAUCUUUGUGUUCUGAACUAAAGGUUAAAUUGAAACGUCCUCGGGGUGGAUCGGUGACUUUUUCUUGAAAGUGCCAUCAUUGCGGACUGCAUGCUGCUUCCUUUGCUUGAGGAUUUCAAGAGUAUAGAAGAAGGAAUAAUCUCUGCUCAAUUCCUUCCCUGACAAUGAAGAUGCAGUAAGCAUGGAUUGUGUUUUCCACAUACUACUUCUUUCUCUGGUUACUCUAUUUUGUAUUUUUCAUAUAAAAAAACGCCAAAGACAAAAUUGUACCCACCUGGCACAUGUGUGCCACCUUGGCCUGCACAGAGCAGGCAUUCUGCAUCACCUGCUGAAGGGAAGGCAUUUAACACAAUCAUAAAAAAGGAGGCAAAGCAACAUAGCACCAAAAUUGACUUUUCACAUCAUCUCACCUUGGUGGCUUUGUGCUUUGCUCGGAUGACACCUGGAGCAUCAGCUUCCACGUGCAGACCGAGCCUGGCGCCUGGCACAGUGGAGAAGGCCUGAUUCUGUGGGUAACCCCGUGCAGCGUGGCCCUUGGCGCUGACAGGGUGCCAGCAUCUUCCGUCUCGAUGGCGGCUUGGUUUGGUACCAAGGAUCCAGCGCUGUCAGUUCCGGAGGGUUGUCAAAGAUAUUGUACCACAAAGUACUGGAAGUUCCUGUCAUGCUUGGGAUUUACAUGUGCAGACUUAAACUCUUGCGGUAGGAUAGGGGUCAACUUUUCAUGAGAUCCAGAAGAGCAAAAUCAAGUUAUUUGUGAAUGAACUUAGCUGAAUAUGGAUCCGGGUGGUGGAAGUCUUGGAUUGCAAACGCAAGAAUCCAAAAUGCCUCACACUAUGAUUAUGCAGGAUUUUGUGGCUGGAAUGGCUGGCACUGCUCAUAUCGAUGGAGACCAUAUUGUUGUAUCAGUCCCCGAAGCUGUCCUAGUUUCUGAUGUUGUUACCGAUGAUGGAAUAACUCUUGAUCAUGGCUUAGCAGCUGAAGUUGUCCAGGGACCUGACAUCAUCACUGAAACUGAUGUUGUAACAGAAGGUGUAAUUGUUCCCGAUUCUGUUUUGGAGGCUGAUGUUGCUAUUGAAGAAGCUUUAGAUACCAGUGAUCAUGUUUUGACUUCUGAUCUAAUAACGGAAACCGUUCGAGUUCCCGAUCAGGUUUUUGUGGCUGACCUUGUUACGGGUCCUGAUGGACAUUUGGAGCACGUGGUGCAAGACUCUGUCUCAGGAGCCAACUCGCCUACAAUGGUUUCAGAAGAAGUUCUUGUAACGAACUCAGAUUCUGAAGCAGUCAUUCAAGCAGCUGGUACUGUUCCCGGCUCCACAGUGACUAUAAAAACAGAAGAUGAUGAUGAUGGCAAGAGUACAUCUGAAGACUACUUAAUGAUAUCUUUGGAUGAUGUUGGAGAAAAACUGGACCAUAUAGGAAGCACUCCCUUGAAAAUCAGUACCGAGGUGACAAACGAUGAUGUUGCCAAAGAUGACGGUUUUGGUUCAGAAGUUAUCAAAGUGUACAUAUUUAAAGCUGAAGCUGAAGAUGAUGUCGAAAUAGGUGGGACAGAAAUUGUCACAGAGAGCGACUUUCACAAUGGACAUUCUGUAGCUGGAGUAAUCGAACAAGGAGGUGUUGGUAGAAUGCAGCGAGAAAAAAUGGUUUACAUGGCUGUUAAGGACUCUUCUCAGGAAGAUGAAGAUAUUAGCUGUGCUGAAAUAGCAGAUGAAGUUUACAUGGAAGUUAUUGUAGGUGAAGAAGAAGCUACAUCACUUCCAGACACGCAGCUUGAAGACUCUGGCGUGAAUAAAACUUUUGUCCCUGUUGCUUGGGCUGCUGCUUACGGAGAUGAAAGAAGGCUACCCAGAAGAUACGAAGAUGGUCAAGCGGCAGGAAAUAACUUGGAUACACGAUUAGAAAACAAAAACGGUAAUGCAACACAAUACCUGCAGAUUUGUGAUAGCAUUAGCACUAAUAGAGUGCUAAAACAAAAAACCAAGAAAAGGAGGAGAGGAGAGGCCAGGCAAUGGCAAACAGCUGUUAUAAUAGGUCCUGAUGGACAGCCCUUAACAGUUUACCCUUGUCAUAUUUGUGGGAAAAAAUUUAAAUCCAGAGGAUUCUUGAAAAGGCAUAUGAAGAAUCAUCCAGAUCAUAUGAUUAAGAAGAAAUACCAGUGUACAGACUGUGACUUUACAACAAACAAAAAAGUAAGUUUCCACAAUCAUCUGGAAAGCCAUAAACUUAUAAAUAAAGUUGAUAAAACGCAUGAGUUUACAGAAUAUACAAGAAGAUACAGAGAAGCAAGCCCGUUGAGUUCUAAUAAACUAAUACUGAGGGACAAGGAGCCUAAGCUACACAAGUGCAAAUAUUGUGACUAUGAAACUGCAGAGCAGGGACUACUCAAUAGACAUCUGCUUGCAGUCCACAGUAAGAACUUCCCUCAUGUGUGCGUGGAGUGUGGGAAGGGAUUCCGUCAUCCGUCAGAGCUGAAAAAGCAUAUGAGGACCCACACUGGGGAAAAGCCAUACCAGUGUCAGCACUGUGUCUUCAGGUGUGCUGAUCAGUCCAAUCUGAAAACCCACAUCAAAACCAAACAUGGGACCGAUCUGCCGUUUAAAUGCGAGCACUGUCCCCAGGCGUUUACAGAUGAAAAAGAACUGCAGCAGCACACAGAAUUAUUUCAAGGGCAUAAGACUCAUCAGUGUCCCCAUUGUGACCAUAAGAGCACCAAUUCCAGUGACCUGAAGCGACACAUAAUUUCAGUUCACACAAAGGAUUUUCCCCACAAAUGCGAGGUAUGUGAAAAAGGCUUCCAUCGUCCGUCUGAGCUCAAAAAGCAUAGCGAGACCCAUAAAGGUAAAAAGAUACAUCAGUGUAGACACUGUGACUUUAAAACAUCAGAUCCUUUUGUACUUAGCGGGCAUAUCCUCUCAGUUCACACCAAGGACCUGCCUUUUAAAUGCAAAAGAUGUAAAAGAGGAUUUAGGCAGCAAAAUGAACUUAAGAAGCACAUGAAGACCCACAGCGGAAGAAAAGUUUAUCAAUGCCAGUAUUGUGAAUAUAGCACUACGGAUGCGUCAGGCUUUAAGCGACACGUAAUAUCAAUACACACGAAAGACUAUCCCCAUAGGUGUGAGUAUUGCAAAAAGGGAUUCCGUAGACCCUCUGAAAAAAAUCAGCAUAUAAUGAGGCACCACAAAGAGGCCAUAAUGUAAUGUAUGACCUCGAGAAGGAAGCAAUUUAGAAACUGUGAUAUGCUAAUUGGGGAAAAAAAAAAAAAUCUCAUGAACUGUUUCUCCUGGUUUCAAAGCUUGAUAUUAAAUCAUAACUUUACAUUCUUUGUAUUAAAAGUCUUAAAAGUAUUAGGGUUGACAGGGGAUCUCAUAGCCCUAUGAUUGUUGCUUAUCAGAACCUAAAGAGCACUAUAGAAUGCAGAAGGAUGGAUGAAUGUCUGAAAUUUGCAGAAAGAUGGAUGAAUGUCUUCAAAUCAAUAGCAUUACGCAUUGUUAAGCUAUAGAAGACAAAACGAAGAUGAUUGUGUCAACCGUUUUGUCAGUAACAGCAUUUGUCUCCAAUAUGAAAACAGUUCAGAUACACGGUGGGGUUAUUUACAAAUUGUUUGCAAAGGCAACUGAGUCUAACUUCUUGUGCAGUUUGAAAGGAGAGUAUUAGUCAGUCGCUUGAGCAUAAUGUUCGUGCCUGGAAAUUAAAUUCCAGAACUGGUCAAAUUUGGGGGGUUGUCCUUUUUUUUGUCUUUUUGUUUGUUGUUUUUUAAAAACAUUUCAUUGGGAAACUUUUGUUUCCGUUGUUAGUUUAGGUCCAACAAGUAAUUUUUUAAUGGUUUUCAAAGCUGCUAACCUAUUUUAUUGCAGGAUACGAUGUUUAAAAUAUAGCAUUAUGUUAUGAUCUCAGAGGUGGUGUUCUGGUGCUAGGGUUAAAGAUGUGUAUGUAUAUAAUUUCCCUUUUUUAUCUGAAACUCCAGUUGAAUGUUGUUCAGUACGGCACAUAUAACAAAAUUAACGGUGAAUUUGACCUUUCUUUUUUUUAAGGAUAAAAUGGAUGCAGCUCAUAGUGUUGUGACUCAACACUGAUUUUUUUUCACGCUACUUUAAAAUCUUCUCUAAAAAGAAUAUUAAAAACAAAGUUGAAAAAGGUAGGGUGUUGUUUUUUUUUUUAUUAAAAUUCAGAGGACUUAGGAGUUCUUUAGGGCAGUGUUCUUAACAGGUAUGACUAUAAUUGUCCUACCUCCUCAUAGGAAAUUUUCAACAUAGACAUAAAAUUGCACCUUUUAAUCAAUUCUUAAAAAAAAACCUAUACCAUACUAUAAACAUGCAUUUUCAAUCUGUAAGAAAGUAUAUAUGCAGUAUUUAACCAGAAAAAUAUGCUGCCACUAGAGUUUGGAGGUGGAUCUUCAGUUUACAGUGUAUACAUUUAAAAUAUGCAUCCCUUUAAACAAUGCUUUGUGUUAGCAUGCUGCAGAUCAAAUGGCGCUUAAUAUAACGAGCUGGUCUAGGGCUAUUUAAUGAAAAACCUGUUCAUAAAUGUUAUGCAUAUAAUGUGUAUUUUUUACUUUUUUAGUUGCUUCAUGUUUGCACACAGCUGUUCACAUGAUGAAUUGUAACUUCAUGCUAUAUUGUGGCUUUGUGUUUCAGAUAAUGUUCAUAUUUUGUUUUUGCACCAGAUGAGAAUCAGUUCCUUGAGAAUAAAUUUUUUUUAUAUUUCUAAACUUCAGAAAGUUAAAUUUGGGAAAUCUCUUAGGAAAAAUACGUGUUUUAUGUGGCUGUAAAAAAAAUGAUGUACACGCUGUAAAAUAAGAUUGUCACUGUUAUGUGGGAUUAUUAUUUCUAAAUGUGUUACUCAUCGUAACGGGCAUACAAUAAAACGCAUCUCUUGCACUCCAAAUUUUUUGGAGUUUGCUUUUCAUUUAUGGUGUUUAGGAAAGUCUCAUUCUGUGUAAAUUUGCCGAAUAUUUUUAAUUACGUUAUUCACUAACUAACAAGUAGUGAAAUUUCAAGAAAACAGGUUACCUGAGGUAUACUUAUCAGACUGUCGAGGGGAGAGUACUGGGGCUUUACCUGACUAACCCUUUCAAGUUACAGGUGAUGUGUUUGUGCUUAUUUCUCAAAUAAUGAUAGAAUGUGAUACUGACGUUCCUUUGAAAUUUUUUCCUUUAAGUAAAGAGAACAUAAAACUUCUCACAUAUUUUGGGAAAAGCCAGCAGACUGAAGAUGAUCAUUCUGACUCUGUGACAGAGCACACGUCCGUGCUGGCUCAUUUUCCACCUCACAGAUGGGCGGAAUAAUCAGCGGAUGGACAGUGAAACCCAGCUGAGAAGAAAAGAAUGGAAACAAGGGCUGUCAAAGAGAGGAAGAGCCUUGAGAUUUAACCCGCACAGCGUUAAGAAGUGGCGUCUUUCUGUAUAGCUGUGGGUGUCGAAGCUUCUUCUGUCUGUUGAAGCCGGAUGGUGGAUAGGCAAGGAGUGGGAUGAAGGUGUCAGGAGGGCCCUGGUGGUUUCAAAAUCAAAAGGAAUAUUGUGAAGGAUGGAAGGAGGAAGGAAUCGCCAAGCGAAGGCCGUGCAGUGCGCGGCUGGUGUGACGCUGGGGCUGUGGAGGAAGGGGUGCAGGAGGUGGGAUUAGGGAAGGGAAAAUAAAGGAAUGUGCCUGCUAGACAAAGAGAAACCGCAGAGGAAGUGCUAUUGUAUGCAGUGCUCUUACUUUGUGCAGUUUGAGUAAUUUAAGAUCUUUUGAUACAUACCUUAUGUAUGUAUUCAUCCAACAGGAGAUAAGUCUCAGGUAGAACCUUUUUUUUUUUUUUUUCCCUCUUUUUCCUACAACCAUGUUUCCCCAGGAACUGAAGUUCGGUUUUAAAGCCAGCAGUUGGCUGGUAUUCUUGACAUAAGAUUUUAUUAGGAAGUGGCAUUUUAAGUCUUCUUCUCAAAUGCAAGAAUAGAAUUCCACCUGAAUCCUCUGCAGUUCGAGGCACAGUUCCUACAUUCUUUGCAGUGCACUUUCCCAGUAAAUAUUUAAGGGAAUUUAUGAUGGCUGUUGUGUUACCAUGGAGGGACCAUGGUUUUAGAAAUGCCUCAUGUUAAAUCAGUGUUAAAUUUGUAUCUCCGUGCUUCCACAGGUCCCUGCUCUGUGUAGCCCAUCCCUCUGCCCUGCCUGGCUCCCUCCCGAGCUGGCAGCAAACCGCCUUCUGUUACCAGACUGGUGAAGCCUUUAGGAUGGGAUCAGGUGCUCUGCAGGCAGGUCCUGCUUAUUCAUUUUCAAAGCAGAGGAGUUCCCAAGUGGUGGUAGGAAGCAAGUGAGAGACAGAUGCUACCACCUGUAAGCCUUGCAGGUGUCUUGACUUAAAUGUUGAAUGAUGACGGUUGGUGGAAUUGUAUUUUAUUACGCGUCCUGAAAACCCGAACAAUAGCUCCCAUUGCUGAGGUGAAGUUGCGUGUUCUCUGUUCUUCUGAAGGUACUGUUCCGUAGGCAUGAUCGUCUUUCACGCACACCUGCUGUCCUUAGUAAAGUUUUAUGUAUGCCUUGCCUUCUGCCACAUUUUCAGCAGGGAAUUUGAGCUGUUCUGCUGAAAACAGUCCUUGCUUCGGUCAAAUUAUUACAGGUCUCUCCCCGCCGCAGCGCUAAUAGGGCGCGUUACCGUUCCCGGCAUUUGUGAUGGGAUGGCGCUCCACCGUAGCAGGAGCAGGAGAGGCGGCGUGUGCUGCGAGGCUGCUCGGUCGCUGCCUGGGAGCGCGCCGCGGGGCGGCACGGCUCCUCCUGGCCGUGUCCGGCUUCCUCCUGCCCCUGCUCCUGUGGCGCUGCGCGCGACGUACAGGCACGGCACAGUGGCUCGAGCAAGCGGCGAGUUUCACGGUCACGUGGAAGGGUUGCUAUAAAAUGUCAGAUGUGUUUAUUUGAAUGACAGAACUCCUAAAAGCCAGGAGCGGUUACAAGCUAUUCACCCCUUGAUCAUCUGUAUUUUUCUUCCUUCAGGUUUCAAACACCUACAAUUAAAGCUAAUGAAAUUGAGAGAGAAACCAGGGAAGAACACCAGCAGAGUACUGCCAGGCUUCCUCCGAGCUGUUGGCGUGAUGCUUCCCACUAGUCAAGCCCAGCAGAGCUCACGUCAAAGACCACGGUGAGCCAGCACGUUCCUUUGUGGCUCCUUCAAUGGGGAUAAUGGCACAGGUUGCUUCAGGCCUGGCGGAAAACAGAAGCCCACGGAAGCAUGGCCUGCCGCUCUCCUCCGAGCGAGAAGCGAGCGCGUGAGCAGUACAAGUAACGUUUGUACGCAGAUGUUAGUGGCAGACCGUGGACACAGGCUGCCAUGGAACUGGAUGAGGCUGAGAUCAGUAAUGAACCGCUGCUGCUUGCCAGUGACCUCUACCUUCUGUUUUCUUAAUCCUACUCCAGGUAACGUAUCCUUUUAGAACAUGCCAUUGCUUUACCCUUUGUCUACCCAGGCUGCUCCUUUUCCUGGCACUGUCCCCCCCACAAAGCUACUCUGGUGACACUUGGGUUGCACGUGUGCGGCUCUGCCACCCUCUGCCUGCAGCCAGCGCCCUCAGACUCCGUUGCCCCGAACACGCGGCUGUGGACUGGCCACGCUGGUCUUUCUCACGCCUGUAGCUUGUGUUCAGACUUGGCAACGUUACCUUGUGCCCUGUAACAUAAAUAGCUUCUCCAGUCCUAUUUUCUAUUUUGACUUUGAAUCACACCUUGAAAAUCACCUCUCUUCUGCGUUUCUGGGGUUAGUCACUGCCCUGGCUCAAUGGAAGUUUCAGGGACGGGGUGCUCAGUAUGUUGUAGUACUAGUUUGGCAUUAAUAGUGGUGAUUCAGAGGAAUACUGCCCACCCAAAACGCUCCAUCUCCUGAGAGCACAGCACGGAAACCGUUCCUACCAACCUAACUCCCCUGUACAGCGAUGCCCGGAAGACUGCCGUGUGCGGGGUGGGGGCAGAGGCUGGCGUUCGAGCAACGCCUCUUCUUUUUUUCAAGGUACUUAUGUGUCAGAGGAUAAUGAAAGGCUGUUUUGUUUAUCCUCCACCCAACAAUUACUGCCUUCUCGCAACAGACAGUACAAUUCCUUGACUUUAAUCAGUCACUUUGCUUUUUGCAGCCAAGUUCAAUUAACACUCUGGCUUCCUCUCAGAUGUCAGUUUUGGCUAUUACUGCCUCUGAAGUUAAAUUGAACGCUUUUAGGAAUUUCAGAGCCUGUGUAGUUGAUCUCUAGGUGAACUUACGUGUUUCCAUAUCUCCCCGGUCCUCUCAAUCACAAUGGUUUGUGAUUUAUUGACAGGUGAUGUAGCCUUGUAGUCAUCGGACAGGAGACCCAGAAUAGGGUACUGAUUCCUGUACCUGUAUUAAAGAGAGGUGCGAACCUGUGAGCUGAACUCUGCGGACCCGUGUCCACAUCACUAACUGCUCUUGCCACACAGUCCUGCCAGUCAGUAAUCCCCAAACAGUUUCACUAGUAACUAAAAAGCUCAUACAGUCAUUUCAAUGUCACUUGCCCAUGCUGGCCACCCCUCCAUUGCUAUUACAGUGCUUAGUAGUCAGUCCUCCCCAGAUAGAAAAACCUCUCUCGACUUUCUCCCCUCGAAGUUGAGCAGGUAGUGUUUGUUAAGACAUUUCCAGAAGGCAAGAACUUGGUUAAUAGAGACUAUACAAGGGAAAAUCAAGAGGAUGUAUUUUUAAGAAAGGUGAAUAACUACGUUACUUCUUUGUGAUGAUAGCUGUUACACCAGGGGACUGGCUGCCUGAUAAUUUCUCAUGCUUCAAUCUGAAGAGGUCCUGAGAAAACCAAAAGUAAAAAUUCAAAUGAAAUAAUGUUUUCUGAAGUAGUAGUUCACUAAAGUAACAACAAAAUACUUCCAGAAAUUCCGCUCAAAGAGCAAAGUGUCCUUCCAGAGGCUGGCAGAGGAACAGCAUUCAGUUAAAAACCCUAACGCUGACUCCUGAACCAGGAGAGUACAAGUGACUUCCUGGGAAGUUUCCACCUACACAGUACGUAGAGGCUUAAACAUAAAAAUCCUUAGAAGAGCAAUAAAUUGUAUUAUUUUACCUCUUGCUGCUGUUUAAUAAGAGCAUCUUUCUCCUCCAGCAUCGACAUCAGUUCAUGUAACCUUAUUUGCAAGUCACUGUUACUUCCUUCUCUCUUCGAUAUAUCUUGCUGGAAUUGGCAUAACUGAGACUGUAAAACACAGGUUAAAGAAUAUUUAGCUCUUUGGGGCUCCGUGCAGGUGACCCCGCAGUACGUACCUGGGACUCCGGAUGUAUUUUUUUAAUUAAAUUACAAACAGUAAGAUUUUAAUUAGUGUAACGCAAAAACUGCUAUGGACGUAGAUGCAUACAUGGACAUGCACAAAACCCGACGCUUUUCAAGUAAGAAUGUCGAGCUGCACAGUAAAUUCAGAAAGUGCUAAUUGAUGCUGGUAGAAUUCAGUCCCAUUUAACAUGUUCAGAACUCGAUAAAGCUCAUACAACACUGAAGUUGAAUUCAUUUCCAGGGUGUAAAAUAUUACUACAGUGCUGUAAAUGAGAGGCACUUCCUGUUUGUAGUUUUGGCUGGGACUUUAUGUUGUGUUGGGUGGCUUUUGGCUAGUUUCUUACUUUAUCCGGACACACCAAAUAGCCCUUUAGGAAAGGCUGCUAAUCUGGGUAAUCCCUAAUUUCUAUUGUGGUUUUUUUAAAUCACAGUUUUAUGUUCUACCACGAGGGUUUCUGAGUCAGCAUUAGCAUCUAUGGAUACUGUAACCGUAGAACCAAAAUAUAUCUAAAAGGUACAUAUGGUAGAUCCUUCCUCUUCCUUAAUUACAAAAGCAGCUAUUUACCUGCCGUCGUACAAGGCGAGGAAUACACACGAGCAAAGUUCAUCAACUUACCCUAAGGCUGCGGAUCUCGCGAUCUUUAUCCUCUCUCAAGUUAUUGAUCAUCUCUACGUAACGGCUGGAGAGUUCAUCUGUGGUGGUCUGUAGUGUUGGAUUAGAGCAGGCCUACAGAAAAUUAAAUGGUUUUUUAUUUUAAAAGGGACUUUUCAUCAUUAAUUUUCAUGCGUUAAUGCAGCUGUAUCUGUGAGUAACAGCUGCUGAACACAGAAGAAGGGAGCCUGUUAACCUGCAGCCUGAGGCUCUGGAUCUCUUGCUCCAAGGUACGCUUGCAGUACUCCAGUUCCUUCAGCUGACAGUCCUUUUCUCCCUCGGUGAGCCGAAGGGAGAGGAGCUGUUCUUCCAGAGAGCGACAUUUUGCAGUGCUCUCUCUGAGUCCUUGCUGGAAAGCACAGAAGUGGAAUGAAUGCGUGGUGGUCCGUAAGGACAUGACAGGGUCACGCGCAUGCACAAACGUAUCCCAGGCGGCAGUUACUCAGAAUACUCAAAAGUCAGCAUACAGGCUAGUUUUUGGCUGACUGUAAUUACACUGAAAAUACAUUUUUAGAUUUACCUGCUGCUGACGAUUAUUCUCUCUCAGAGAAGUCAACAUAGUUUCAUAUUCUUUUACUUGAGAAGCUUUAAAAGCCAAAUCCUUCUUAAGUAAGACACAGUCAGUUUCUAACUUCUGUAAGACAAAAGUGUUUACAGUCAAUAGCUGCAAUUUUUCCCAUAUUCAAAGUGCAACAUACUGAGUAAUUGUGAUGUUUUAGAACUGAGAAAACACUCCAUUGUCCUGAAACUAUGUCUUUUUUAACUACAUAGCGCACAGGUGCCCAUUGCUGUAGAGCGUGUGGCUUUGUGUUGUGCGGUAUGCACUGGGAUCCUGGAUGCUGCUCUGUCAGUCUGUCCCAGAAAGAGUAAUUUGUAGCUAUUAAACAGAAGCCAACAAAAAACCAACAGAACAGAGGCCACUUCACCGCACAGACUCCUUGUUCUAGCAUAAAGAUGACAGUUAAAACGCCCUCUCCCCUCCCUAAACUUCGCGCUUUUCAAGAGAAUGCUGCGAUGUUUCCAGUGGCGCCGAGUACCGGGGCUGGUGCGGGGAAUGAUCCUGCUUUCCUGACAACAGUUACGGGCAGCAGCGGAGCCCCCGCGCCCAAGCGGGGCUGCCCUGCCCCGGAGCACUGCUGCCGUUGUUAAAGCACCAGUUGACAACGGCUUCCCCAGGAACGACAGCUUUGUCUGGGUGAAUGGACCCAAGGCCUCCCGAUUCCUGGAACAGCCCUACUAAGUAGGCGGCUGCGUGCACGUCUUGUCCCCGUUAAAAGUAAAACCACAGUUCCGUACAUUUACACCUAGCUAUAUGCCUUGUAUAAUGGAAUUUCACUCAGCAGGGUCUCUUCUGCCUUUGCAAGUGUUUGGGGUUAUUUUAGGCUUCAAUUGAACACUUGAAAACCACUGCUAGAAGGAAAUCUAACCUCAUCUACCGUGUGAGCCUCGCAAGUCCUUUAAUAAACCAGCCACUUCUAUCGCAGCACCUGGACUUCAUGAUUUAAAUUUCAUCAUAACAGACCCUGCUGACAGCUAGAAACAAGUGGAUGAGGUCAUGGGACGUGAACAAACCAUGGCUUACCCCCAAGUCAUCCUGCAGAUGGCAAAGUUCUUCACGUAAAUUUUUGAAAGUGGAAAGCACAAGUCUCAAAGAUUUAUCUGACGUCACUCUCAUCUAGGAAGGGAAAAAAGGAAAAUGGCUACUUCUGCUUAAUUAGUGCGCUUUGUUUACAGUGUGCUGGGCAAGGACCAGCGAGCUGCCACGCAGCGGAAAGUAACUUCUGUUAGAACUACCGCAUGGCGUUCUUUGCGGUGCCCACAGGUUCGACAAAGAUGCACGUUUUCAUGCAGUUGGUUCUGCCCAUCGCACAGCUUUUUAAUGGCUGCCUGGUAACCUAGGAUAACAUUUUUAAAAUGGAAGGAACAGGAGAGUAAAGAACUGCCUCUGUACACCAAUAAAAGGAAAAAUGUGUUAAUACUGCAUGAUCAUUUUUUGAGUAUCCAGAGCUUUGUGACUUACGCCGAUUUAAAGAAACAAGUACCCUACCUGAGAAGCCACAGAGGAAUGAGUCAUCAUCUUUGAGAUCUGGCAAAGCCCGCUUUCAGCCCAAGGGCAAGAGAAUUUAAUUAAAUUUUUUAAAUUUUACAUUAAAAAAAAAGCCAUACAACCAACUCUGGCCUUUAAAAGGAAAGAUCCAAAGAUUAACAGCAUCUACUGGAUGAAAAAGUCAGUAGUUCACAAUAGCCUAACACCGUUCUCUUUUUUCUUUUAGUGCACGUUAACAGCUGUGUAUUGCUUCAUGUUAAAGCACAGAUUAUUGCAUUUCAUGACACAUUUCUAAUAUAUGAAAGAAGAAACACUGAUUUUGAAAGAACACAACUCACAAAAUAAUUCCUCGACUCUUUGACUCAUCCAGAAGGGCUGAAUAUUCUAUGCAAAAGACGAUGUAUUUUUACUAUCUGGACAAAAAUUAAAUCUUCCCGUCUCUCUUCCUCUGAUACUUUCUCUUAAUUUUGUUGACCAUUCAAACUGAAGAGAGCCAUCGCGAUCUCUGUCAAUAUGAUGAAUAGCCCUUAUAUUUUUUAUCCCCACUGGUGCUGUUACCUGACUGAGGCUUCAAAAAUAACAUUUCUAGUGUAUCAUCUCACCUGUUUGUUUGGGGUUUUUUUAAAUUAAAGUGGAAUUCAAGUUUUGACUUACA